UUGCGGUACAGUAGGUGGCGGUAUGCAGCUAUUCAAGUUGGUUGCGAUCCGCCAAUCAAAUUAGAGAAGAAGAAGAAGUGGUCCCGCAACUAGCUACUAGCACAGGCGGUUAGUAGUUCAUGACGGGCUGCUGUCACCCAGAAUAACGCAACACUUUAGCUUCGUUCACUCUUCACCCUGGUUUUCUUAUGACAUCCUUCAAACCCGGUGACAGCAUCGCAUUAUGUUUGAGGAUCCUGAACUCCAAGAUCCGUUGUCGCUGAGUCUUAAUGAGAACUAUGACGACCAGAAUUCGCCACGUCGUGAUUCACAGAAAGCACCAGCGAGCCCCGACUAUAGUUGCGACACACCAGAGAUUCGAGUAAUCAUCAAAGAGGAAGAGGAAGGCUGGACUGUGAGUGAAAAUCAUGAGAGCAUCAGCUCAGAGGGAGAAGAGGAGGAUUCUUCCGUACACUCUCGACAUCCCGACCUCAAAGCGUGCGGGAAGGAGAGCGGCAUUUCCUACGGAGUGAAGGGUGAGCAGAGGGUGUAUUCAGCGGAGACAUGUUCCCUCUACGGGCAGAGCUCCUCGGCCGGAGAGGGGCAGCAGACACACGCGCUCAUGGACACGGAUGAGAAACCUCAGAUAUCCUGCAUACGGGGAAAAGCCAAUGUGACUUUGCAUCAGUGCAAUAACACAGAGGAGAAACCCUUCUCCUGUCCGGCGCGCGAGACGACCCUCAGCCGCAAAAGGAACGCGAAAUCCAAUCAGAGAGCACAUGCGGCGGAUGAGUGUCCUGCUCAAGACCAGAGCCUCGAUGAACAUCAAUCCACAUCGACAACCGCAGACGCAGAAGAGACCAAAAGAUCAGCACCUUGCCAAACAGAUUCUCCUGAACGUACGACCCUGAUGUCACACAAACUCAAGAGGGCAUCUGCGAACUUAGAGGACCAAACGCUCCACUUGACUGUCAGACUGGAGGCAGGUGAGGAGGAGGAGGAGGAGGAGGAGGAAGAAGAGCAAGAUGAAGAAAUUGGUGGUUUGAUCAACUCUGAUGGAGAAGUGGUUGAAUGGGAUGCCAGAGGCGGUCCUGACCGAGGCUCUGGCUGCAGAGAAAGUCUUCAGCCCAGCAAGGGUGUCGUCCAGUCCGAGUCUCAGCUGCAAGGCCAAAACCAGAGAGACAGCAGUAGUCCAACGCUCAUCAUGGAAGUUGUGUCUGUGGGGGAGGAAGAAGAAAGGGAAGAAGGGGAGGAGAAAGAGAGAGUAGUAAAGAUGGCAGCGGUCUCGCCCGUAUAUCGUGGGAAGAGACUCAGAAGAAAGAAGAAGGUUCCGGAUGUAACGGUGGUGUCAUUAGACGCCUCGGACACGGAGAAAGAAGUUCCUCCCGUCAAAAGAAGGGGCAGAAGAAAGAUCUGUAAAGCUCCGGUGUUGUCUGGUGAGGACCUGGAGGCAGAGCCAGGAAUAUCAAGGCGCACCCGAAGGAAGAUAAAUUUCCCUACCAUCGUUGAAUCAGAGGAUUUGUACUCCAAACAUGUCCGCCGGGUUGCUGCAAAGCGACCUUACAGAAGAAGGAAAGAUACCAAACUAUCUGCUGAGGGAGAAGGAAACAACACAAGUGUUUCUGCUGAAAAGAAGCGCCCCGGAAGAAAGAUGGUUCGUGUUCCAAUAGAAAUACCUCCGGAGCUCCUGAAGCAGCCCAAAGAGAAGAUGGAGUACCACUGCUCCGUGUGCGGCAAAGAAUUCCCUCAUGCCUACAAGCUGGAGAGGCACGGGCUGAUCCACACGGGAGAGAAACCUUACUGCUGCUCCAUCUGUGGCCGGGGUUUCAACCAGAAGGGAAAUCUCAAAACGCACUACAAAGUCCACUUAGGUCGAAAGGGCGCUGUGGAUUUUGACGAUGAGGUGAAUCCCAUAGCGUCAGAACUCUCCGAAUACUUGAAGUCUCUGCCGGGGGAGUCCAGGAUCAAAUCCUCCCUCCGUUGCCUGGAAUGCGGACAAGAAUGUGAGAAUCAUUCAGCUUUGCAAGCACACCACGUUACUACGCACACAGACACGGCGGAGGAAUCGGACGCGGUCGAGCACAGCGCAGCGCAGCUUCUCUUCUGCCGCCGCUGUGGCGUUCAGUUCACUGAAAAAGCAAAGCUGGAGGAACACAUGAAAACCCACAUCAAGGCGAAGCCCUACUCGUGUCCCGACUGUGGCAAGAGGUUCAUCAAUGAAAGCUACAUACAAAUCCACCAGCGUAUCCAUACUGGGGAGAAACCAUUCCUCUGCUCGCAGUGCGGCAGAGGUUUCCACACGGCCUCCUCGCUCAAGCUGCAUGAGAUGCAGCACUCCGGGGAGAGGCCGUUCGCGUGUUCCAUCUGCGGCAAGACGUUUCGGAUAAACUCGUACCUAACGGCACAUUACCAGACCCACAUUAAAGACAGGCCUUUCAUCUGCAGCGUCUGCGGGAAAGGCUACUCCAGAGCUGAGGAACUGAAGGUGCACCACAGGCUUCACACCGGAGAGAGACCCUACGAGUGUGGGGAGUGUGGGAAGAGCUUCAUUUACCGCCAGGGUCUGCGGCAGCAUCAGCGCACACACGCUGGGAAACGCAUCGGACCAACCCGACAGCUCGGUCGACCGAAGCAACAUGCCAGGCUGGACAUCUAGCAGUUGAUCUAAUGAUGACUUCUGUUGUUGUUGUUGUUGUUAACUGUGUUUGAUGAUAUUACAGUGAAACGCGCUUCUCUCCUGCUCUUCUUCCUUCCAUUCCUUCCGCCUCCAGCUGGGACUAUUAAUGUGUCUGAAAAUAAGCGCUACAGAGUCGGCGUGGGUUGCCAAGAAUAUUUUGGGAGCUUACUGUGUUGUCUUUCUUGUAUCCAUGUUUUGGUUUACUCUCCUCUCGUAGCCCAUCUGUACAAUUUGAGUGCCUUUGUAUCAUGCAUGCCAAAUACUAAUACUUAAUGUUAAAAAGAAUUAUGCACAAUAUCCUUGUUAUUUUAAAAUCCAUGUCGAUGGAAUACAGACAUUUUUCAGAAACGUGUCUGGUUUUUUUUGUCUACAUCUGAAAUAAUGUAUCCUUACAUUGAUUCUCCACAAACAGCUUAUUACCCGUCUUUUGAUAGUUAAUAACCAAUCAUAUAAGGAUGUGUAAGUAACUGGUACCUAACGUGAGGAUCCAUCCAAAAUGUCUGAGGAAAAAUUAAUUUAGAGAAAACAGCCUUGAAAGAUAUGUACUAUAGAAUUACACACAUUUUUCUGAAAUGUUAUGUUUAGAUAUUCAAACUACGCUUUAUCUAAUUGUACCUUUGGGUCUACAGACACAAAUAGACAACGUGUAAUAAGAUCAACACCUAAAUGUGUAUUUGGAUGUUUAGUCUGACAGAAAACAUUCCUAAUGUGCAUCAAACUGAUGAUCGGAUUGGAUGAAAACCGUGUGUGUGUGUGGUAAGAAACUCUCACAGCGGAGCUCUACAGAGACACCAGAGGACUCGUGCUGGAGCAAACUAUUUUCUUAACAUACUGUUAUGAUAAUUAUGAAAAGGGCCUCUGAUUUAAAGGGUCAGUUCACCAAAAAUACUGAAUCUACUGAAUAAGAGUCAUUGUUUAUACAGGAAGUAGGCCCCAUCAUCACCGUGGCAUCCAAGAGAACCCUGCUGCAGAGAACCACAGCCAGCUCAGAGAAAUGACAUCCUGUUCAUGUUAAAGUUAACUCUCUGCCUGUUCGCAUCACAGUCACCGUCGGUCAUUAUCCAGCAUUCAACCCGUGGGACCAAAACCCAAAUGCAU